GGGAGGGCGGAGGGAGCGCCCGGGAGCCACCCGGGCCGGGCCGGGGCCGCGCCGGCUCCCAGCCUGCGCUCCGCACCAUGAUACACUUUAUACUGCUGUUCAGUCGGCAGGGGAAGUUAAGGCUUCAGAAAUGGUACACGACACUACCUGAUAAAGAGAAGAAAAAGAUCAUUCGAGAAAUUGUUCAGAUUAUUUUGUCUCGCAAUCAAAAAACAAGUAGUUUCGUUGACUGGAAAGACCUCAAGCUUGUUUACAAAAGGUAUGCCAGUUUGUAUUUCUGCUGUGCAAUAGAAGACCAGGAUAAUGAGCUCCUGACACUAGAGGUUGUUCAUCGAUACGUAGAGCUCCUGGACAAAUACUUUGGAAACGUGUGUGAGCUGGAUAUUAUCUUUAAUUUUGAGAAAGCUUAUUUUAUUCUUGAUGAGUUUAUAAUUGGUGGAGAAGUACAAGAAACUUCAAAGAAGACCGCAGUGAAAGCCAUAGAAGACUGUGACAUGUUGCAGGAGACAGUGGAAGAAUACAUGAACAAGCCUGCAUUUUAAUGUUAAACUACCUGUAAAGAAAACUGCUGUAUGCACCUCUACAAUGCACUUCCUGAAAUUGCUUCCCAAAGUGCCAGAUUCUCAGAGAAAUACCAAAAACCAAUAACUGAAGGGGUUUGUUUGUUUGUAUAAUGGUGAAGAUGAAGGUCAGCUAAUGUAGCAAAGGGUUUAACAGUUCUGUACUUUGCAUUACUCUGCAUAUGAGUUUCCCAGAGUUGUUAUUACCCUGGGUGUAGUUUUCUCUUCUCCUUGCUGGACUGAACUCUUGUUUUUUACCAUGUCUUUUAGCUACAGAUUUUGUCAUCAUAAAAUGCUACUCUGACAGUACUUUGAAGAGAUAUUUUUACUAGUUUUGGUUCACUGCUGACUGUAUGACUCUACUUUUGUACAAAUGUCCAUUAUUUUGAAUGUAAGGAUUAUUCUGCUCUAAUAAUAAUUUUUUUUCUAAAAGCCAAAUUGUUGUGGACCCUGAUUUC